GCAUUUUGGUUCGAUCCGGUUGCGCACCGUCGGGGCUUCCUUGCGCGUGGGAAGGAAGCUGACUCGCUCUUCUGGUUUGCGCAGGAACUGCGAGCCGCUCAGCGCCACUCCCCAAAAAGGGAGCCUAGCCAACAAGGCUGUUGUUCGUCAGAACGGGUAAUGGCGGACGCCGAAGUUUGGAGACUGCCAUCUUGAGAAGGGGAAGCCACCGCGGAGCGCGGAUCGAGAGGUGUGGUUGCGCGAGUAGGGCUUGCUCAGAGGAGCUAAUUUCAGGACUGAAAACAUUAUAUGGACAGCAGAUAUAGAAGGCUUUCAUUUCUCAGGACUUUUGCCCAUGAGCAGAAGGAUCCAGCCGGCUUAUGAACAGGCAGGUUUAAUUUCUAGCUUUUAUUUUUCACAUUAAAGACCCGAAAGCAAAGCCCGGCUGCUGGAGACCAAGGGGGAAGGAGGAUAUUGUGUUCAGAAAAAAAAGGCUCAUGACUCGGCUUUCCUGUUUAGGAAACACGCACGGCUUUUUAAAGGGACAGUGGCUUGUGAUGACAGUUCCCCAGGUGCCCGCUGUCCUUCUUCACCGAAUUGAACAGGAGCUGGACGCGGAGGAAAGGGAAACUAUGCAGUAUUUGUGCCGAGAUCUUGUUCCUGACGUACCUGCGACAGAGACCCGGAAACUCUUCGUGGCUUUGAACGAGAGGGAGAUGCUGACGCUCAGCACUUUGUCUGAACUCCUGUACAGACUGAAGAGAUUUGACUUGCUGAGGAAAGUCCUGGGGACUGGGAAGGCAGCUGUGGAAGCCAAUUUGUCUCAGUUUCCCCCGUUGAUACCAAAGUACAGGGUGCUAAUGGCAGAAAUCAGCAAGGAACUGGAUGAAGAAGAUCUGCGUUCCUUUAUGUUCCUCAUGAUGAACGAUACAUCCUAUGGGAAGACAGCAAAAGAGAAGACUUUCCUGACAAUUAUAACUGACCUUGAGAACCUAGACUUGGUGUCUCCUAGCCGCCUAGAUUUUCUGGAAGAUUGCUUCUUGCACAUGCGCAGGAGAGAUUUGGUGAAGAGGAUCCAGAAGUUCAAGCAGGAAGAGCAUCCCAUUGGCACUUCGUCUGUAUGCGCUAACAGACUUCAGGCAUCAUUUCCUGAGCUGUCUAUUGCUGAUCCUCCGGCAGUUGGGAACCAAGGCAGGCUGUCAAAUGGAGAAUGUGCCUUUCAGGCAGCAAAGGUUAACAUACCAAUACCAGAAACAGGAGGAGCUGAAGCACAGGUCCUUAACAAAUACAGAAUGCGGAGUAAGCCUUUGGGAGUAUGCUUGAUUAUAGACUGCAUUGGCAACGAUACAAAUAUGCUGGCAGAAGCCUUCCAAGCGCUGUCCUUCGAAGUCCGCUGUUGCCUCUUCCUGAGUGUGGACUCCUUGGUGCGCGAGCUGUUUGAGGUCGCGAGGCUGAAGCAACACAAGGACUACGACUGCUUCGUUUGCGUCCUCAUCAGUCGAGGGAACGAGCAAGGCAUCUUCUGCACAGACCAGGGUGCUCCUGCGUUCUCCCUGGAGAGGUUGAAGAAUUUCUUUACUGGCGAUGCGUGCGUUUAUCUCUCAGGGAAACCCAAGCUGUUCUUCGUCCAGAACUAUGUUGAGCGCGGAAGCAGGCAGGAAAAUACCAGCUUAAUAGAGACAGACGGAGAUCUGUAUACCAUUCCGCAAGGAGCAGACAUUCUCUGGAGCCAAUGUAUGCUGGAUGCAUCAUACCUGGAGAGAUCGCAGAGUACAUCCUCUUACUACCUGUCUGCUCUAGCUGACCUUCUGACUGAGCCGCACAAAAGGAAGUUGCAUCUGUUGGAUAUCCUGGUGGAGCUGAACAACAGAGUUUAUUCGCGGAACAGGACUCACCCUACGGAACAGUAUUUUGUCAUGUUGAAGCAUACCCUAAGGAAAAAGCUUUUCCUCUCUGACACCUAAAUACGCCAAGCCUAACUCGCAGCAGGUGUGCCCUAGGGAGAUCUCCCUUUGAAUGCCAUCCAUUGGUCCCCCCUCUAAGGUCAAGAACCACCAGCUAUGGUAGGAUUUUGUCCCUUCUUUAUGCCGCCAGGUACCCAAAGUUCAGAUAGAUAGAUGCUAGGUUAAAGGACAAUAUAAUCUAAUGCAACAUAGAAGACUAAUAGACACCACUGAUCACACCUCUUCAUUUUUCAGCUUCUUUCUCACAACCCU